AUUGCUGCAGUGUUGUUUAUAUCUGGCUUCACUGUCCUGCUGCGAGCGUGGAGAAGAUGGCAGACGGAGCUGUGGUGGAUGGAGACAAACUCAGCAAAAAGACGUUUGCAUCAUGUUGACUCUGGUCAGAAUAUGUCGACUGCAAGCGUUCAGGCCGCGGACGCUUGCUCUUCCCGCCUCACAAAACCUGCCUUUGCUUAUUCAAGGAAUACGCUGGAAAAGUGACAAAAGUGAGCUGAAAAGGCGCAUGAAAGCUGAGAAGAAAGCAGCUGAGAAGGAAGCCAAGGUCAAAGAGCAGCAGGAACAGAAGGAGACCAAUGACAAGCCACAGCAGAAUGCAUACGGGGCAGAUGAAGAAACGCUGGACCCCAAUCAAUACUUCAAGAUACGUUCGCAAGCCAUUCAAUCCUUGAAGGGAACGGCCGAAGACCCUUACCCUCACAAAUUUCAUGUGGACUUGUCUCUUACUGAGUUCAUCGAGCGCUAUAACCACCUUCAGCCAGGAGACCACUUAACAGACGUUGUCCUCAAUUUAUCAGGUCGUGUUCACGCUAAGAGGGCUUCGGGUGCCAAGCUGCUGUUCUAUGACCUGCGAGGAGAAGGAGUCAAGCUGCAGGUCAUGGCCAACUCCAGAAACUACACCUCAGAAGAAGCGUUUGUGCACAUCAACAACAAACUGAGGCGCGGAGACAUCAUUGGGGUCCGGGGGAAUCCUGGCAAGACAAAGAAGGGCGAGUUGAGUAUCAUCCCAGUGGAGAUGACUCUGCUGUCUCCAUGUCUUCAUAUGCUUCCACACCUUCACUUUGGCCUGAAAGACAAGGAAACCAGGUUCCGACAGCGAUAUCUGGACCUGAUUCUUAAUGAUUUUGUGAGACAGAAGUUUGUCACCCGUUCCAAGAUUAUCACAUAUCUCCGCAGCUUUCUAGACCAGCUUGGAUUUCUGGAGAUUGAAACCCCAAUGAUGAACCUGAUCCCUGGUGGCGCUGUAGCAAAGCCAUUUAUCACCUACCACAAUGAGCUCAACAUGAACCUCUACAUGAGAAUUGCUCCUGAGCUGUACCAUAAGAUGUUGGUAGUCGGAGGAAUCGACCGUGUGUACGAGAUCGGCCGUCAGUUCCGUAAUGAAGGCAUUGAUCUCACUCACAAUCCAGAGUUCACCACCUGUGAGUUCUACAUGGCCUAUGCCGACUAUCAUGACCUGAUGGAAAUCACAGAGAAGCUUCUCUCAGGAAUGGUGAAGCACAUUACUGGAGAUUAUAAGGUGACGUAUCAUCCUGAUGGUCCAGAGGGACAAGCAUAUGAAAUAGACUUCACCCCUCCCUUCAGACGAAUCAGCAUGACCCAAGAGCUGGAGAAGGAGCUGGGUGUGAAGUUUCCACCUCCUGACACCUAUGACAGUGACGAAACUCGUAAGUUCUUAGAUGACCUGUGCGUUCAGAAAGAAGUUGAAUGCCCUCCUCCCAGGACAACUGCUCGACUUCUUGAUAAGUUGGUGGGAGACUUCUUGGAGGUGAAGUGCAUCAACCCAACAUACAUCUGUGAUCAUCCACAGAUAAUGAGUCCUCUUGCUAAAUGGCACAGAUCGCAGAAAGGUCUAACUGAGCGUUUUGAGCUCUUUGUGAUGAAGAAGGAGAUCUGUAAUGCCUACACAGAGUUGAACGAUCCCAUCAGACAGCGAGAACUGUUUGAGCAGCAGGCUAAGGCCAAGGCAGAAGGUGACGAUGAGGCCAUGUUCAUUGAUGAGACCUUCUGUGCCGCUUUAGAGUACGGUCUUCCACCCACAGCAGGAUGGGGAAUGGGCAUCGACCGUCUCACCAUGUUCCUCACAGACUCCAACAACAUCAAGGAGGUGCUGCUUUUCCCUGCCAUGAAGCCAGAAGACAAUAAACCAGCUGCACCUGCAGAGGGCACAUCAGUCUAAUGCUAAAACACACCUGAGCAUUUCGUCCAUCUCUUCUGGAUUCAGCCUGAACUGUCCAAAGUUAUCGUCACUGUUGAGGGUUAUAGCUUGAAUAAUCAUGACCUAUGCAGUGUCCAUUCUGAAGGGGAGGAUUUCAGCGGCUCUUUUAAUGUACGGCUCACAGUUUUAUAGGAAUUGGAAACCCUGUUGUCCUGUUUCUGUCAACUUCCUGCAGUUUUUGUGGCCUGGGUUGAAUAAACAAGAUGUUUAGACAUGUUUGGAUGUUUUAUGAUCUUGUCCAACUGUAUUUUUUAACACGCUUACAGUGGCUGUUCGGUUGAACCACAAUAAAUAAUGACUUCGACAAACCAGAAAA